UUCGAACGUACCGAGCUGACCCCGCCCACUGCCAUAGUCAACCCCUCGAUUACCACUCAGAACUCCCCGGGUUCCUCCGGAUCUGCUCGGGUAUUUCCGUCUCCACAUCGGCACCAAUCAGUUCUUUCCCUCCUCUCAGCCACUUCCCCCUCCCUCGCGCUGCUUUCAGAGCUCGGUUAUUUUCGUCUCACCGAGGCUUUGAAUCGAAUGUACUCGGAAGCCCUCGACUCUGGCAUAACCAAAAUCGGAGUUACUCGGCUAACUCCGAACCUAAGGCUGAGGCGCUGAGGCGCUUGGGUGUUUGGGGCUGGUCCGGGACCGGAAGUGCGUGGGCUGACGGGCUGGUCCUGCUUAGGGUUUUCAGGAAACAUGGAAGCGGCGGCGACUGUUGGAAUUUAAGCACUUUUGUGACGGUCUUCGGGUGCCCUGUGAGAGGAAAGGGGAGGAUGCCACUGGAAUCAUCUUCCUCUUCGAUGCCACUCUCCUUCCCUUCUCCCUUACCCUCAGUACCAGACAGUAUUACUAACUCUUCCCCUCCCCCAAUGUCUUACAUCACUUCCCAGGAGAUGAAGUGUAUUCUUCACUGGUUUGCCAGUUGGUCAGGUCCGCAGCGUGAACGUUUCCUACAGGACCUGGUAGCUAAGGCGGUGCCAGGAAAAUUACAGCCACUGCUGGAAGGGCUGGAGCAGCUUAGUGUUUCUGGAGCAAACCGACCACCUUGUAUCUUUGAGUGCCAGCUACGUCUUUGGGAUCAGUGGUUUCGAGGCUGGGCUGAGCAAGAGCGCAAUGAAUUUGUCAGGCAGCUGGAGGUCAGUGAGCCAGACUUCGUGGCAAAGUUUUACCAGGCAGUGGCUGCUACGGCUGGUAAAGACUAAUGGGCAUUACAAAGAAGAUAAUCACAGCUGAUGGAGUCGCAACUUUACUGUGAGAACUUCAAAUGUGUCACAUAAAGGUCUAGGGAUGGUAUCCUGAUCAGCUGACUGAACUUGUUGACCAGUACAGGCUUGAUUAUUUCUUUGGGGGUGGGGAGGGGCAGAAGGAGAGGGAGAGAGAAUCUUAAGCAGGCUCCAUGCCCAUCACCG